AAAAAGAAAAAAAAUUAAAUUGUUAAAAAUGGGUAGUGCAAGAACAAGCUCAUCAUCAAGGGUUGCACUAGCAAUUUUACUUCUUUGCAUGACUCUUGUUGGUCAGUCUUAUGCCCAGUUGAAAAAUGGGUUUUACCUUGGAAAAUGUAGGAAAACCAAUGUGGAGAAAGAUAUCUUUGAUGUAGUCAAUGCAGCCUACAAAAAAGAUAGAUCAAUUGUUGCCGCUCUUCUUCGUAUGCAAUUUCAUGACUGUUUUGUUAGGGGAUGUGAUGCAUCCAUUUUGUUAGAUGGAAGCAACUCAGAAAAAACUGAUGGAUCAAAUGCUAGUGUUAGAGGCUAUGAACUUAUAGAUGCAUGCAAGGCAAGUUUGGAGAAAAAAUGUCCGGGAGUUGUCUCUUGUGCUGAUAUCAUCGUCAUAGCAACUAGAGUUGCAGUUUUCCUGGCUCAGGGAAGGUGGUACAACGUUGAAACUGGGAGAAGAGAUGGCCUUAUUUCAAGGGCAUCAGAAGCACAAGCAAAUCUUCCUGGACCCACUAUCCCAGUUCCAGUUGCUAUUGAUAUAUUCAGAAGAAGAGGCUUGAGCGCUGAUGAUUUUGUUCUCCUAUUAGGUGGUGGUCACACAGUAGGAGUUCUACACUGUAACUUCUUCCUAGAUCGGCUUUACAAUUUCCAAAACAGUGGGAAACCCGACAAGACCAUGAACCCAACAACCCUAUCAGCCUUUAGAAAGAGAUGCCCACGCAGUGGAUCAAACAACUUUGUGUUUGCAGACCAAACAAAAGGGAGUGAAUUUAAGGUAGAUAAGGGUUAUUACAAUGCAAUCACACAAGGCAAAGGUGUACUCCAAAUUGAUCAACAAAUAGCUCUUCACCCAGCUACAUCUGGUAUAGUUAGAAGAUUGUCAGUGACUGGUGAUUUUGCCUUCCAAUUUGGUGGUGCUAUGGUUAGGCUUGGUAGGGUUGGUGUCCUUACUGGCUCUAAAGGUCAAAUCAGGAAGAAUUGUCGCCGUCUUAACUAAUUCAUUCAUUUCAUCGGGAAUCAUGGAUUAGCCUAAAAAUUAAGGAUUUUAUAAGAGUUCUAUUCUCACCAACUAUAAAAUGGAUUAAUUUUCUCACCCUUUUUUUCGCUUUGGAAUUCUCUUCAAUUUUUGCAACUUAUUUCUUUCUAUUGUCUUUAUUUUCACAAGUUAAGCAGGAGUAACACUAUAUUUGUUCA